UGUAGCGGGUGGCUAGAGUCCCGGGGCCUGGCCUGACUACCCUGGUACCAAAGGUCUCCCAGAGCCAGUGCUGACCCCCAUUCAGCCCAUCUAGGGAGGGGGUCCAGGGACCCCAAGGAGGGGCAGCUGCCUCCCCCCCAGCCCCUCAGUCUGUUGCCUUCCUGGACCGUGGACCCUGCUGGGCCUAGUCCUCACUCUACUGUGGCUCUGUCCUGGAGGGGCUGUGGGGUGCAGCCAGCCUGGUGCAAGCUCCCCUGCAGAUGGAGGGAGCCGGCCUGGUCCCCUAUGUUCUGGGCCUGCUGUUGCUGCCGUUCCUGGCCGUGCUGCUGCUGGCUCUCUGUGUGCGCUGCCGUGAGCUGCCAGGCUCAUAUGACAGUGCCACCUCGGAUAGUUUGUAUCCAAGGAGCAUCCUGAUCAAACCAGCUCACACACUUGCUCCCUGGGCACCUGCCACUUCCUACCCACCUGUCACCUCCUACCCACCCCUGAGCCAGCCAGACCUGCUCCCCAUCCCAUCCCCACAGCCCCCUGGGGGCUCCCACCGGAUGCCAUCUUCUCGGCAAGAUUCGGAUAGCGCCAACAGUGUGGGAAACUACGAAAAUGAAGACCAUCGCUGUGAGGAUGAAGAUGAGAACGAUGAUGAAGAUGACUAUCUGGGCUACCUGAAGGUGCUUCCUGACAGCACCUCAGCUGCCAGCCCUGCUGCCCUGUCAGCCCCUGUGUCCAGCAACCCUGGCCUCCGAGACAGUGCCUUCUCUGUGGAGUCCAGCAAAGAUUAUGUGAACGUCCCUGAGAGUGAGGAGAGUGCAGAAGCAUCUCUGGAUGGCAGCCUGGAGUACGUAAAUGUAUCCCAAGAGCAGCAGCCAGGGGCCAGGACUGAGCCUGCUACCCUGAGCUCCCAGGAAGUGGAGGAUGAGGAGGAAGAAGGAGCUCCAGAUUACGAGAAUCUGCAAGAGCUUAAUUGAGGCCUGUAUGAGGCCAUGUCUGUCUUGGAAACAGCCUUGCCUGGAAGGGCUGAGCUGGGCAGCUGGGAGUGGCUCUGGGGGGCCCACUCGGCAACCUGCUCUGCCUCCAGCAUGACAACAGUCUGAGAAUUUCCCCCCUAACUUAUUGUCACUUUGGGGUGCAGUCUAUGUCCCCCCCCCCCGACACUCUGCACCUUCUGACACAGCCUGAGAAUGAACUACGCUGGCCCCAUUCUGCUUGUAAUAGAAUAAAGGCCGGCUUGGUCUGUA